CUUGUCGACGUAGUUUUCUCCAAUUCUCGUUGAUUUUACUUUCUCUCCCCCCAGAAUGCUUUCAAUCCGCUCUCGGUGGGCUUCACAGUUGAGCGGGGGGAGUCUUUGGUCCAGAUCAGGACCAUCUAUCUCCCUCAAGAUCCGGCGGGAUUUUCAUUUGAAUCAUAAGGUUGAUCAACCUAGAGCUCUCAAGAAUUCUUCGGUCAGCCUUCCUAGAGCUAGGAAUAGCAGCACUGCUGCCUCUCCAGAGAGAGCCUACCAAGUUAGACUGCAGGAGGUCCAAGAAGCCUGUCCCGAGCCAUACCCUCGUCUGGCAGCAGACCAGCGGUCAUUGAACUGCUCAGAUUUCACCACCCGAUACAGUCAUCUAGCCAAUAAUGAAACAGUAGAAAAUGACUCGGUCGUCGUUAAUGGUAGGGUACGUACCUCUAGACUUGCCGGAAGCAAAUUGAUCUUCUUCGAUCUCGUCCAAAAUGGCCAUAAAGUCCAAGCUAUGUGCAAUCUUCGCCUCUUAGAUGGAAUCACCCCGGCGGGAUUCAAAAAGCUCUACCGGCUCCUUCGCCGUGGUGAUGCUUUCUCUGUAACCGGUAAACCUCACCGUACUGGACGGGGCGAACUCACGGUCGUGGCCACUCAGCUGCCCCAGCUCUUGUCGCCUUGUCUGCACGAUGUGCCGUUAGACGCAAAGGAGCACGAAAACUCCCCAUAUCCACGCCAUGUUCAGUUCCUUGCCGAUCCGAGUGCUGCGGAUAUAAUCCGGGCUAGGUCGGCGAUUGUUCAGUAUCUCCGUCAAUUCUUUGUCGAUCGAUCUUUCAUGGAGGUCAAUACUCCGAUCGUUGGCUCUGUUGCCGGCGGAGCAAUCGCUCGCCCUUUCUACACCUCUGCGACGGAGUUCCCGGACCGUCAGCUGUCGCUGCGGAUUGCGCCGGAGCUGUGGCUGAAGCGGUUGGUGGUAGGCGGUUUUGACAGGGUGUUUGAAAUUGGCCCGUCCUUUCGCAAUGAAGGAAUCGACAAAACUCACAACCCCGAGUUCACGACGUGCGAGUUCUACCACGCAUACGCCAAUCUAGAGGACCUCAUGUCCAUCACCGAGAAUCUUCUCUCCGGCAUGGCGCAGCAUAUCCACAAAUUCAACGAGAACGCCACCCUCACACCCACCAAUGCGGAUUUCUCCACGCCUUUCCGCCGCAUCGAUUUCAUCACCGGCAUCGAAGAGAAGAUCAAUCGCAAGCUUCCAGACCUCACGUCCGCCGAUGCCUUCGAGCAAGUCAAGCAGCUCUUCCACGACCUAUCCCUGCCUCUUCCCGAGAAGCCCACACUCCCUCGACUCCUCGACGAGCUCUGCAGCACCUACGUCGAGCCCGAAUGUAUCAAUCCCACCUUCAUCAUCAACCCUCCCGAAUGUCUCUCUCCGCUAUCCAAGUCCUUCAUCCACCCCACCACCAACCAGCGCGUCGCCGCGCGCGGCGAGCUCUUCGUCGAAGGGAAGGAAGUAGUGAACACCUACGAGGAGGAGAACUCGCCGUUCGAGCAGAGGCGCAAGUUCGAAGACCAGGUCCGCUACAGCAAGGCCGCCAACGAAAAGGAGGAGAUCGACGAGAGCUAUCUGGAAGCUCUGGAAUGGGGUCUGCCGGCUACUGGGGGCUGGGGGUGCGGGAUCGAUCGUCUCUGCAUGCUCUUUACUGGUACGAAGAGAAUUGCAGACGUUUUGCCGUUUGGGACGCUGCGUGCUGUGACUCGUCGUCAGGAGUGAGGGUGCCUACCCUACUGUAAUGAUAUGGAUAGAUGGUGUGUAAGCUGUCUGUGUAUAAUAUUUGGGAUUUGUUUUUAGUGAUAC